AUGGCGAAACCCACCAAGGCUCAGCCGCAGAUCUGGGCGGCAGUUCCAUUUCCUGAUUAUGGUGGUGACGGUGUCGAUUAUAGCGAUCGAUUCGUGACAAAUGAAAUAUUCGAUGGUUUUGAGAACGCAGCGAAAUGGGCAAGGGAAGUGGCUAUCGUAUUAAGAUUCAUCUUGGUAGGUAGCUCGUACAAAAAGACGCGAAAAGAUGGCCGAAUGUACCGGUACUUGAAAUGCGACCGUGGAAGGAGAGAAAACAAUUCUAGGGAUCCAGAGACCGCAAAACGGCCAAACACCAAGAGUAAGGAAUGUGGUUGUCGGUUUGUGAUUAAGUGUGGACAACAACGAGUAGAAGAAGAUAAUUGGGUAAUUGAGUUGCUUAAUGAUCGCGGCACACAUAACCACGCAUUAAUUGUGAACCCGGAGGGUCACCGCGGUGUUAGUGGUCUUAGUCAAGGUGCUAAGGAAGUUAUUCGUGAGAUGAACGAUGCACAAGCUAAGCCAAAACACAUUAUGGUGGCCAUUAAGAACAAGUAUCCAGAAGAACAUCCCAACAUGAGGCACAUUUACAACUUCAAAGAUAAGAUUCGACGAGAAGGUUCAGAAACAGGCGUCGUAGACGUGAGAAUCAGACUAGAAGAAUAA